AUGGCAUGUUCUGAGUAUGAAAAGGAGUUGAUGAAAGCAUUGAGCCUGUGCAAGCCAUCUGAUGUCAUCAAGAACGAAGCCUUGCUCCGAUGUUUCCGGCAAUUCAUAGAAAACGGAACUGUAAUUGAGUGGUGUAAGAUUCUUCCAGAGAGCUUUGGGGCUCACGAUGUGUCCACGGCUAUCCAAAAGCUCCGGGCGCCGGUUCGCGCCGCCGAUGUAGUCACGCAACAGCCACAACAGCCACAACAGCCACGUGAUACCCCUAAACCACCAAACGAGCAGUACUUUGAGGGGUUCGUUUCAGAAAAAAGGAGGUUGGAAAGGUUGUAUAGAAUUGCUCAACGCAUGACUGGCGUUGAGACAACGAUACAGAUAUGCGAAGACCAUAAAGACUUAAUUCAAGCCGAUCCGAUCAUACAGGCAAAAGCGAUAUACAAGAGAAUAGAGGGGCCUGCGGAUGGAAGUAACCUACUCUAUCGGCAGCACGUUAUUCUUUUCGGAGAUGCAGUCGACCGAUACGCAGCUUUGCGGCCAGUGCAACUCUCAAGAGGACAAAACUGCAAAACCGCCGCUUUCGAAGCGAUCGCUGAAGGACUCAAAACUGAAAAGAAAAAGGUGGCUAAGAAGUACACUCACUCUCGCCUUUACUUGAAGUUUGCAGAAAUUGGAGGGCCAGGUUCUCUUUAUUCAAUAGAUGGCUCCAAGUGGGACAUGGAAAAUACCAAUGAAGAAGACAUAGAGUUGCUCUGCAACUACAGGAAAGAAAGGCUACCAACGGUGGAAGUGCGAUCACAGGCUCUUGAUUUUGUGGUCAUCAAAGAUUUUACACGGAAUCUCCUGGCUCAAGGGGCAGAUGCAGCCGAGAUUACAGCAGGCCGCACCGCUUUAACAAAUUUGAUUUGUCGUCACGUAGAAAUUGCAAGGUUUAUACAGGAUGGCACUAUACUUCCAGCACGCACAAGCGUAUACAACAACGAACAGCCCCAGCGUACGUCUCCACGAUCUCCUGUAAGACCUGGAUCCGGAAUGGAUAUCAGAACGCCUUCCCUCACCAUGUCUUUCGAUCCGCAAAGACCAGUACCAUUCCACCAUGCUCUACAAAGUCACCAAUCAUAUCGUGCUGCGGAGACACGCGCGAAUACAGCCAAACGACGAAGGAUCUCUAGGGAUGAAGGCUUACAAGCCCUAACAGAGUCAGACAGCAUACAAGAAGAUGAGCAGACAUACUUUACGCCUCGUUCACAAGCUCCACAACUUACUGCCGGAGCAAGAACCUAUGAUCAGGGAAAUCAUCAAACUGAAGAAACCCCAAAUGCCCUUCAGUUAUUGGAAAAUGGUAACGAAUUAGAGGCUACUGCUGUCGAACUGCGCCAGCAGCCAUCCACAUACAUCAGCUCAUUUCAAGAUGAGCAGUCUUCAUACACUUUUCGAGGCCUAGAGUACGGACCGGGAUCAUCGUCAAAUACUUUAAAUGGGAUAUUGGAUCAAUUCUGUCCAUCAGAAAAUGAAGACUCAAUGAGGAAGGCGAGCAGUGCACUGAGCUCCAGUGAUGUCAGGGAGGAAAAAGAUCAAGAUGGCAGCGAAUUACCUUCGGUGGUGGUCAGGGAUGUUCGCAUUGGGGAGCAGCGUUUAGAAGAUCUCGAUUUGUUUACUUGCUACUAG